AUGAGUUCAGUAACAGAGCCCUUGAACAGCAAUCCAGAGAUCCUACUGAGAAAGCGCAAGAAUGCCGACCGUUUGCGGAUCGAAAAGCAGGAGGCUGCCAGGAAGAAGGAGCAAGACAAAGAGAGCCGUCGCAAGCUACGUGCGAAGAAGUUUGUGAGGGCUGAAACUUUGGUGGCAAAACACAGGGCGAGUGAGAGAGAAGACUACCGUGUGAAGCGUGUUAUCAAGAAUGAAAAGGAGACACUGUUGAAUGCGCCAAAAUCGAUUGAGGAUGAUGAAGAAAAGGCAGAAUUGCAGUUCAUUGUCAGAAUUCGCGGCCCCCACGGAGCCAAAGUUCCAGCAAAAGCUAAGAAAAUAUUAUCGCUGUUGAGACUAGACCAUAUCAACACCGGUGUUUUCAUAAAAUCCACCAAAUUGGUGAGACCAUUGCUGAGAAUCAUUUCGCCAUACACUGUCUUGGGUAAGCCCUCGCUGGCUACCAUCAGAAACCUGAUCCAAAAAAGGGCCACCAUUGAGUUGGAUGGUCGUGAGGUGAAUCUGAACGACAAUGCCGUCGUUGAAGAGCAGUUGGGCGAGUUUGGAAUAGUGUGUGUGGAGGACAUCAUUCACGAGGUUGCAACCAUGGGCGAAGCUUUCAAGCCAGUGAUCGGCUUCAUGAAGCCAUUUCAGCUGACUUCGCCUGCUCAGGGCUGGAAUGCUCUCAGCAAGUUCAAGAGACUGGAACUGAGAGAAGAGAGCAAUAAGCGCAAGAUCUCUACGGCUGGUAAUGCUCCAUUGGAGGAGGUUGACAUCGACACCUUCAUUGCUGAGCAGGUGUAA